AUUUUUUUUCUAGAUGAUGCAUCCUAGAGUUUUUGGAAAGUUUGUAGCAUCACAAUACCAGGACAAACAAGAAGAUCCAGAAAUAAAGACAGUCAGUAAAGCAAGGGAACACACCGUUAACAGAAGCACUUUGACUUCCAGGAUGCCUGUGAAGUGGAUUUCUCCUCUGCUCCUGCUGCAGAUGAGUUGCUGUUUCAGAUCCACCAGCUGUGGGAAGGUGUUAGUGUGGCCACUGGAAUUCAGUCACUGGAUGAAUUUAAAGAUAAUACUGGAUGAACUUGUACAGAGGGGCCAUGAAGUCACUGUUCUGAGACCUUCAGCUUCCAUUUUUGUUGAUCCUAAAUAUUCCCCUGGCCUUAAGUUUGAAACUUUUCCUACAGCUCUCAGUAAAGAUGAUCUGGAAUCUUUUUCCAGGAAGUUCGUGGAUAUAUGGACUUAUGAGGUCCCAAAAGAUACAUGCUUAUCAUAUUCUCUGCUUCAAACACUGUUUGAUAAAUUAUCUGAUCAUUUUCUAAAUCUUUGUAAGGAAGCUGUUUCAAACAAACAGCUCAUGACAAAACUCCAGGAAUCCAAGUUUGAUGUCCUUAUUUUAGAUGCCCUAGCUACCUGUGGGGAGCUCAUUGCUCAAAUGCUCCAGAUUCCUUUUCUGUACAGUCUUCGCUUCUCUCCUGGCUACCAAGUUGAAAAGGACAGUGGAGGAUUUGUACUCCCUCCCUCUUAUGUCCCUGUGAUUUUGUCAGGAUUAGGUGGCCAAAUGACAUUCACAGAGAGGGUAAAAAAUAUGAUAUGUAUGCUUUAUUUUGACUUUUGGUUCCAGACAUUUACAAAGAAGAAAUGGGAUCAGUUUUACAGUGAAACUUUGGGAAGGUCCACCACCUUAAUUGAGACAAUGGGCAAAGCAGAAAUGUGGUUCAUAAGAUCCUACUGGGAUCUGGAGUUUCCUCACCCAACCUUACCAAAUGUUGAAUAUGUUGGAGGACUCCACUGCAAACCUGCUAAACCCCUGACUAGGGAAAUGGAAGACUUUGUCCAGAGCUCUGGAGACCAUGGUGUGGUGUUGUUUUCUCUAGGAUCGAUAGUCAGUAACAUGACAGAAGAAAAGGCCAAUGCAAUUGCAUGGGCCCUUGCCCAGAUUCCGCAAAAGGUUCUUUGGCGAUUUGAUGGCAAAAAACCAGCUUCUUUAGGACCCAAUACCAGAAUCUACAAGUGGCUCCCCCAGAAUGACCUCCUCGGUCAUCCAAAAACCAAAGCCUUUAUUACUCAUGGUGGAGUGAAUGGUAUCUAUGAGGCCAUCCAUCAUGGAAUCCCUAUGAUUGGCAUUCCUUUGUUUUCAGAACAGCAUGAUAACAUUGCCCACAUGGUGGCCAAAGGAGCAGCUGUUACACUGAAUAUCAGAACGAUGUCCAGGUCAGAUGUGCUCAAUGCACUGGAAGAAGUCAUUAAUAAUCCUUCGUGAGUAUUACCUUUUAAAAUGUAUAUCCAUCGUUUAUUCAUUCAUGUAUGUAUUUAUUUAUUUGGUUAGUUAUUCAGUCAUUGGCCUUCUUACUGAAAGACAAAUGAGCAAGUACUAUUCUCAGAGUAAUAAUGAUUGUAGAAACUGAGACAACUAAAGGCAUGAUUCAGUGUACACAUUAUUCUCUGGUUGUUAUUGUUUUUAUUUCCAUGUUAUGCUUUAUGUUGCUUUGCUAUGUAAAUCAGGCUCAUCUUAAAUGUUCAACCCCUCUGCUUGGCCAAGAAUUGUAUCCCACCAUAUCUGGCCAACAUUUCUUUUCAAUUAUUUUGUUAUGGUUUUAAAAAUAGUUCAAAACUCAAAUAACUAAUGAGUGAAAAGAAAUUAAACAUUAACCAUGGUAUCAGAUUGGUUACAUAUGGAAGGUAUAGGAAAACAUCACAAAGGAACAACUUGAAUGUUAUAAAAGACACAUGUCAUUUAAAACUUUUGUUAUUGAACAUAAUAUCUAUUAAUGUUUAACUCUGCAACCAGUUGUGUUAAUAUAAAUGUGAAAGUCCAUUAGAGUGAGGCAAAGAUAUAUGGCCAUCAUAAUUUUUCUUUGAUUAAAAAAUCUAUUUGGUUUCCCGGAAAAGUCUUUUUAUCCCAUUUUCAGCAUAAGUAUGUCCUAUAAUAGUUUUGUGUACCCUUUGGACCAGGGUAAGGUUUACUCCUCUCCAUAUAGGCCUGACUAUUGGUGUUAUCGUUAUUUGGAUGUUGUUUAGGCACCCAUGAUGUUAUACUUCAUGAGUGUAACUUUCUUGAUAUUUCUCAAAUGAAAAAGUUCACAGCAGAA